AUGAACCUGUGUGCACAGCGUCUGCAAAUCGGCGCUGUACGAAGUCACCUCAUCGUUACGCAAAAUUGUAAGCUGUCAUCUGUGAAGCGUGAGCGGUGUUUGUUUUACCAUAGUUCAUGGUGGAGAAUGGCUGCUCUUCUGAGUUUUGCCCUAAGCAGCCGUAUGAAUGGCAAACUACACUGAUUAGCAGCGGCAUAGGCACACUUAAAAUUUCUUCCGAAAUUUUCGCUUUCUAGUCUUAUCUUACCUUAUCUUAUCUAUUUAAACAAUUUUAUGUAGGUUGUCCUAAUAAUUUGGCUGCUGUAACAGUGCUUUCCUAACUUUUGCAUCGUUAAGGUUUAUCUUGUUAAAGGGAGGCUGCUAAUCUGAUCACAGAUGUGCUUUCUUUUAAUGGGAGAUUUUAACUUGAAAUGGGAACGAAGAUGUGCUGCAGGAAUCUCCUUUGGCACCCAGAAAAGCUUGGACUGUCCCUGUACAGAGCAUCAUCUGAAAGCAGGGGGUAUCUGCCAGGAAUAAGUCUGUGUAACGGUCUGUCUGAAGAUAUUCCUGUCGGUGAUGUUUGGGAAGGUGAAGACGUGUAAUCCUGCUGAAUGUAACCUGGUGAUUCUUGGUGUGAUGGGCUGCGGGAAGUCAGCACUGACAGUCAAAUUCCUCACAAAACGCUUCAUCACUGAAUACGACCCUAACCUAGAAGACAUCUACUCAUCUGAAGAGGUGGUGGACCAGCAGCCCGUCACACUGAGAGUGAUGGACACCUGUGAACAGGAAGGUCCAGUGAACAGUGAACGUUAUCUGUCAUGGGCAAAUGUCUUCCUGGUGGUCUACAGCAUUGAUAACAUGGAGAGCUUUAAUGGCUGUCAGCUGUACCUGCAGACACUUGCCUCACACAACAAAACCUUCAGGCCACAAACUCCCAUCAUACUUCUGGGCAACAAGAAGGACAUGGACAGAUACAGACAGGUCCGUCAGUCGGAUGGUGAGGCCUUGGCGUCUCGUUUUGGAUGUGCAUUCUUCGAGGUGUCAGCCUGUCAAGACUUCCACUCUGUACAGCAAGUCUUCCACGAGGCAGUGAGGAGGGCGAGGAAAGGUGGUGCCUGUGGCUGCUUGGUCCCGGCCAUCUAUGCCAGCGAGGACAAAGCACUUCUGGGUGUCCCAUCCUUUACUACACCAUGUUACAAGGAGCUGCCAGUGCCUGCCAAUGCGAAACUGAUCACAGUGAAGACAUCCAGAGCUCAGAGCAAACGGAGAGCUUCCACUCUCACCUUACUCAAAGGGUUUAAGAUAUUUUGACACAUUCUACUGCAUGUCCUGUGAUACUGUGAAGGACUUGUAGGUCCUUAUGCAGACAGGAUUCCGAAGAAGCAGGAGCAGCUCCACCCUUCACAGACAUUUGGCAGGUUCAACGAAAAAGCCCGAGCAAUCUUAACGGAAGGCUCUUCUUAAUAUGUUGAUUUUAUGUUGAGGUUUUAGUUUGUUUCUCUUAUGACCUCCUUAAUGUUGUCAUACAUCCACUGAAAUGAUGGAUAAACCAAACCAUUAUGUCACAUUAUGUCACUGAGAAAAAGACAUGCAUGCUUUUUAAGCUUGCUCUUCCAAUGUGGUGAGCAGCAUGAAGGAAGUUCUUCCUCUACGCUAAGCAAUGUUUUCCCAUAUUAGAGACAUUUAUACAAACAAUGACAAGUCCGAAAGGCCUUCAAAAACAAAGCACUAUGAUUAAGUGAUUUAUUGUGAUGCAAUAAUAUCUGAGGCAUCAGCACAACACACAAAAGUACUCAAAUCUUAUUAAGUUUUUCCCAUUUCAGUUCACAACACAUGAUGGAGGAAGAAUAGAACAUUCUGUUCUAUUCUUUAGCCACCCCAACACAAACAAUGGUGAAGCCCAUUGGGGGGAACACACAUAAGCAGAUCUGAACUUACACCCAGAAACUUUUUUUUUUUUAGAAUACCUUUACAGGGAACCAUUUUUAUACAACUUUUGUUCCCACAUGGACACAUUUUAUGAGCGCAACCACCCACUGAAACUGUAAUGUAAACUGUUAUGAGCUUUAUUAAGAAUGAAUAAAAAAAGAGACUUGAGCAACUGCUCCGAAUGUUUUCUGAUCAUUUGAGGGUUUCAUAAAAUUUCACUCUGAACUCAUGAAAAUAAGAAUCAUCAGAAAAAUAUUAUUAGCAAUUAUUAAAGCAAA